CCCCAUCCAGAUCAGCUCCUCCCAACGCACACAGGCCCUAAUAAAAGAGCAGCCUAUGGUGAGUGCUGGCAUUCACCUCUCCUGCCUGGCUCAGCUCAGGAAAAGGGUGAGUGGAUGGGCCUCCAUUGGCACGGGCUGGAUGUGGGUCUUGAUGGUAGGAGAGCUGGGUGUUGUGGAGUGGCUGUGACCCUGUGGCAGUGGCUCCAGUCCUGCUGUGUGCAGCUUUCCAUGAUCAUGGGCUUAGCUCUGCCAGGGCAUCUCCUCACUCACAGCUCCCCUUUUUGCAACUUUGCACUGCAGGCUCAUCUCUCUCACACCAAGAUGUCUUGCUACGACCUGUGCCCACCAAAAACCAGCGUUGCCGUGCCCCAGCCCAUCGCUGAGAGCUGCAACGAGCUGUGCGCGCGCCAGUGCCCCGACUCAACGGCCUUCAUCCAGCCACCGCCCGUCGUCGUCACCUUCCCCGGCCCCAUCCUCAGCUCCUUCCCCCAGCAAGCCGUGGUGGGCUCCUCCGGAGCACCCGCCUUUGGGGGCUCCCUGGGGCUGGGGGGCCUCUACGGCGCCGGGGCCACUCAGGGCUCGGGGGGCCUCUGCACCUUUGGCAGACCCUACGCUUCUCCUGCCUGCAGCCCCUGCCCCUUGCCCCGCUACAGCAGGAAGCUCUGGGACACCUGUGGCCCCUGCUAAACUCAGGCCCUGCCUGCUCCCAGCAUCACCAGCAUUCCAUCAUGCUCAAACUCCUGGGCCUGGAGUGUUGAGGAGUGCUGGGCAUCUCUAGCUACGGCUGAGGCCUGAGCAGCUGGCACUGCCGGCACCUUUGCAUGCUCUGCCCAGUUCUCCUGUCCAUUCCUAUUCUUUCAUGGACUACAACUUGAGCCUGACCUGAAUUCUUCUCUCUACUCCAUUCUCUUUAUGAUCUGGGAAAAAUAAAGUUUUCCUGCAUUCACAAAUGCCUUCUCCCUCUCUUUGAUGUUGUUCCAAAAAUGUACCGGGUGGUUGUGCGGCAGCUGGUGUAGCACAAAUCUUGCUGACGAGAAUCCCAAGUUCCCCUUAGAACGGUGGGGUUGUGAGGAAUAGAUAUGGCAGAGUGGGCCUAUUGCUGGGGCUUUGGGAGCUGUGGAAGGAACAAAUAGGAGGGCGGUGCUGGCUGCUCCCCCUUGCCCAUCCUCCUCAGCUCUGCAGUGGGUCCUGCUCUGAUAUGUCUUGGUCUGCGAUGUCGUAGAAGCACCGCAUGAGCUCUGCCUCAAAGCUCAAGUGAGGCUCAAGAGUGCUCGAUGAAAAAUACUGCCUUUGAUUAAUGCAUUGUCAGUUCCUGGCAGGAAUACAGCCUUACAGAAACAAACAUAGGCAAGCAGCCACAAACGUGAAGCAUGAGCUAGCCUCAAAUGUGCCCUGAGGCUGUGAUCAUUGGGAAUGU